UAGGAAUGAAGGGUACGGACAACAUCAACUACUUUAUUUCUUUAAAUCUCCGAAGAAUUUUACAAAUGCUUUUCACGAGAGCGAGCGUAAAAUCACGCCAAUAAAGCCUCUCUAAAUCUGAAAUUGUGUGUCACGCGCGGGCGGCUGCGUUUAUGUUAUUCUCAUCAUCUCGCGCACAUUUGGAGCGUUUCAAAGCGGUGCUACGUGUGCGCGCGCUCGGUGCAAUGUAUCUUAUUUGGGAACCGAAAGAAGUCCGAGGUAGCGCCAACCUGUCAUUUAUUUUAACGACAACUUGCACACUUGCACCGGUUGAGUUUCUCUAGCUGUCACACAGAAGGUAACCGAAGAUAUUGCUCAUCGUCAGUCCUCGCGCUGGUGCUGAACAGCCUUUGCUGUCUUCACUGUUGAGCGCUGGGGAGCGGACCUGCAUCCUAAAGCAAACCUUUCUGAGACAUUGCAGUCCUGUCACGACUCCGGCUCUCCUGUUUGCCUCAACCACGAGAGCGGAGAGGAGAAGAAGAGGAAGAAGUGUCUCAACGGUGGUAACAUGGCAAGAACUAGCAUCAUUUAAAGUGGUCCAUCUUCUGCUCUUUUAAUUCCACUGCAGCAACCUGAGUGAGUAGCGCACAUCUCUGCUCAGUUAAUGCCGCUGAUAUGGAUCCGGGCGCGGGCUGUGGUAAAUCCAGACAAAGGGGAAUGCUAAUAGAUUGCAUUUUAGCGCAGUGGAUUUCACUGUGUAUUCAUAUGAAUUAUUUCUGUUACAGUUAGAGUGCAAUCUAGUGACAAGGUUCGCUUAGCUAAUGAAAAUGUAUUGUAACGGGCUCCAUAAGUUCAGGUUUUUUCAUGCAGUGCUUUAAUGGUUUCCUCAUGUCUGUAUAGCAUACCACACUUUGGGUCUAUUCUGUUGAGAAAGGGAUGUGAUGAUUUAGGUUGAAUUUCAGUUAACUUAGUAGAUAUAGGCAAUGUCUCAUAAUUACACAAUCCAUUUGCUUCUGAAUUGCUCUUUUAUGUUCUUCUCUUUUAUAUGAAUUAAAAAAUGAAUAUGAAAACAAAAUCAAGUAGCAUAUGCAACAUCAUGAAAAUUCUCUCUUUCUGUUAACCUAGAGAUUUUGCUUGCUUGCAUUCCUUAGGUUCAUUCUUUCAAUGACCUGUAUGCACAGACUGUAUACUGUAGCUACCCCAUCACCAAUCAAUAGAACCGUGGUCUUAUUAACAUCACAUUCCUAAGUGCCCUGCUGUGUACAUUAGCUAAUAGGUGCUCCUGGAGGAGGGGAGAAAGAAAAUUUUUCCACGGAGGUCAAAUUGAUAUUCGAGAGUCAUUAGCUGAUUUAGAAACUAAAGUGAAACCACCGGAGAAGCAUGAUGCCUUUAAAUGGAUUAGGUCACCGAGACAUCACAUCUUCACUCUCAAUAUCACUAUGGUGAAUGCAGCAGGCAUACUUUAAAAGUCAAUGGCGAUGUCCGAAACCGAAGGAAGCUUUCUUGCUGCCCUGACAGUCAAUGACUUCACAGGCAGUGUUUCAGACUGUCUUCUAAGGUACCAUUACAUCACAUCUAAUGAUCUGAAAACUGAAUAUUUAAUGACUGCGAUGCAUAUUUCUUGAUAAAACAUGAACACGUUAAAGGUGCACUCUGUAAUUCUAAUCCAAUACACUUUUUGUCAAAUUCUGCAAAAAUCUCCUCACAGUCUGCUAGCUGUCCGUUCUAUGGGUGGGCUGGAAAAAAAAUCUAAUAUAUGUACACAGCCCUGGCUCUGUAAAUGGGACAAAAACAAAGUGGACUGGACCAAUCCACACAACACUACUCCAGUCAAUCAGCAACGGGGUGGUUCUUUCACGUGCACAGGAUGUGGGGUGGGGGCAGAGCAUGAGGGAAAUUCUUUUGAAGAGCAAUGGCAAAUCUGGCUGAUGUGAACUUUCUAAACUCCAAGGAGGACAAAUGGCUGAGAAACAGACCGAAAAGAAAAAAAAAUCAGACAAAUAUAAACAAAAAAAUAAGGAUUAUGAUAAGUCGAGGGCUAGGAGCCGUGUCAACAUCGGCGAGGCUUUUCAGUUUGCAUGAAUUUGGGGGGGCGGAGCUUCCAAAGGAGCACUGAAAGGAGUGGUGUGUUUAUUUUGGCAGUUCGAAUAUCAACAGUGUUUCUCAGGAAUCGCUGAGUGCACCUUUAAACUAAUUUACUUCUUUCAACCGCUCCAUCAGAUGCCAUUCUUAUAAUUACUGUACAACCACCCAUUGAACCACAGGGACAGAUUUGUGGGAUAUCGUAGGCAGUGAAAGAUACAUCUGUCCAGCCGUAAAAAAAUAUAUCAGAUGGUUGCAUUUCGUGUACAAGGUGUCAUGUAAACAUUCGAUUCAGUGAUGCCUUCCUACCUCUGUAUACUGCAUGACAAGGCAGCAUUUUUCAGGUUUUGGACACUGCCAGUCCACAAACAUUAAAAUACAGUUUCAAAAGCUACAAGACUCAAACAUAAUACAUGUUAAUAUGAUUUUAAUGUGUUAAAAUGAGGGAUUUACUGGCAUUAAGAUGUUUACCAGAUUACAGCGUUACCGACGUUAAGUUGUCAUGACAAUGAAUCUGUAAUAUUGGAUAUAACUUCACACAGAUAAUGUUAGUAAGUACAUUUAUCACACUAAAAUCAUGUUAACACAUAUAACGUUUACAUAUUGUGGCUAUAUUAAAAAAAAAAAAAAAGUGUGUAUUUUAAUAUUUAUGGACUUCCAUUGUUAGUGCCUUACUGUUAUUGCAAUGUUUUAGUUUUUUGUUUUGCUAAAGAGUAAAGAUUUGUGGUUAUGCCACAAAUGCUGUCAGUGAAGCAUAAGUAUUGUUAAACUUGAAACAUCCCUUUUAAGCUCUGCUGAAUUUUGCUGAUAUUGUUAAAGGGAUAGUUCACCCAAAAAUGAAAAUUCUCCCAUAAUUUACUCGCCCUCAUGCCAUCCAAGAUUUGUAUGGCUUCUUUAUUCUCCUGGACACAAAUGAAGAUUUUUGGAAGAAUAUUUUAGCCGUAUGUUAGUCUGAGUCACCAUUCAUUUUCAUUGAGUCUUUUUUUCCCCAAAAACAUGAAUGGUGACUGAGGCUGUCAUUCUGCCAAACAUCUCCUUUUGUGUUCCAUGGAAGAAAGAAAGUCAUAUAGGUUUGUAACAUAAAGAUUAAUGUAAAAGGUAACAUAAUUCAUGUUGACGUGAACUAUCCUUUUGAUUGUACCUAUCCUUUGCAGUGAAAAGCUGCACUCAAAGCAACCAAAUAAAAAAACAUUGUCUUACAGUAUAGAUAGAUGACGAUCUCACCUAUGCUCAAUUGUUUAGUCAAAAGUCAUCAUUUGGAUUGAACAUUAUUUCUCGUACUCCCUGUAUUCGGUCACUAAAACUGUUGUAUUUUUUUCAGUGCAGUGAAGGACCUCUUGAGGCUAUGCACUUGCGUGCUUCUGGUAAAAGCAUGUUGUGGGUUACACUGCUAAGCACAAUUGCACUUGGAUGGACGACUCCUAUCCCUCUUCUUGAUGACUCAGAGGAAAUAGAUGAGCCUUGCUUUGAGCCCUGCUACUGCGAGGUGAAAGAAGGCCUGUUUCAUGUUCAUUGUGACAGCAAAGGAUUUACAAACAUUAGCCAAGUCUCACAGACAUGGCUUAGACCAUUCAAGCUCUACCUGCAGAAAAACACUUUACGGAAGCUCUACUUCAACAGCUUUCUGCACUUGAACAAUGCGAUUGCCAUUAAUCUGGGCAAUAAUGCCUUGCAGGACAUCCACGUUGGGGCUUUCAAUGGUUUGGGCUCUCUGAAAAGAUUGUACCUUCAUGAAAACAAGCUGGAAGUGUUUCGAAAUGACACAUUUCUUGGACUGGAGAGUUUAGAGUACCUUCAGGCUGACUAUAACGUUAUCAAGAGAAUAGACAGCGGAGCGUUCCGAAAUCUUCACAAACUCAGAGUGCUCAUCCUUAAUGACAAUUUAAUACCUGUGCUGCCAGCUUUUCUUUUCAGAUCUGUCUCUCUGACGCACCUUGACUUGAGAGGCAACAGACUAAAGACGCUGGCUUAUAAAGGUAUUUUGGAAUAUAUUGGUCGCAGUCUUAUGGAGAUCCAGCUGGAGGAGAACCCUUGGAACUGUGUCUGUGAAAUCAUCCAGCUCCAGGCCUGGUUGGAGCGGAUUCCAUACACUGCAGUUGUCGGAGAGAUCACAUGUGAGUACCCCUUCCACCUCCACGGAAAGGAUCUUAGAGAGAUCAAACGCAGUGAGCUCUGUCCCAUACUGAGUGAAGCAGAGAUUGAGUCAAUUCUAGGCAUCCCCCACUUGCCAGUCUACACAGGGAGGGUGAGGCCUACAAAGCCUUCAUCUAUAGUCUCCCCCAAUCAAAACACUGUUUCCUCUGUGGAACAAAGUGAAAGACCUCCAAAGCCAACAAAAAGACCAAGGCCCUCAAAGACACCACCAACACCACGUAGUGUGUUCCCUAAUCAGCCACCUAUAGCUGGAUAUCAGACAAGGCCACCUAUACCAAUCAUUUGCCCCAUUGGAUGUACCUGUAAUUUGCAUAUCAGUGACCUUGGUUUGACAGUCAACUGUAAGGAAAAUGGGUUUCGGAACAUUUCUGAAUUAAUGCCUCGACCCUUGAAUGCUAAGAAGCUUUACUUAAGUGGAAAUCUCAUUCAGAGAAUUUAUAAGUCAGAUUUUUGGAAUUUUUCCAGUCUCGAUUUAUUGCACUUGGGUAACAAUCAGAUAUUCUACGUCCAAGAGAGAGCUUUUGUUAAUCUCCCUAAUUUGAGAAGCCUUUACCUGAAUGGUAAUAACAUUGAGAGCUUAACUCUUGAUAUGUUUCAUGGGUUGCAGAACCUCCGGUUCUUGUAUUUUGAAUACAAUGAAAUAAGAGAAAUUCAGCCAGCUGCCUUCAGUUUAAUGCCGUCCCUGCAGCUAGUCUUUCUUAACAACAACCUCCUGCAUAUGCUGCCUGUGGGAGCAUUCGCAGGUACUUCGCUCUCACGCCUGAACCUGCGCAACAACUACUUCCACUGCCUCCCAGUCAGCGGGGUUCUAGAACACCUGCAUGCGGUCGUUCAGAUCGACCUGAAUCAGAACCCCUGGGACUGCUCCUGUGACAUCAUCCCUCUGAAAGAAUGGCUGGACACACUAAGCUUAGUGGUCAUAGUUGGAGAGGUAGUGUGUAAGACCCCAGAGCUGGUUGCAGGAAAAGAUUUACGCUCUCUGAAUUCUGAGGUGAUUUGCCCUGAGCUUCGACAGUCCUCACUGUCUCCUGCUGAAUCAGAUAGUGCGCUUAUCACAACGUAUCCCGGGGUGGGGCCGCACCCGCCAAAAGGUGCCAUACCCCUCUCCGUUCUCAUUCUCAGCUUGCUGGUUCUGUUUGUGUCUGCCUUUUUUGCCGCUGCAGCUCUUUGUGCAUAUGCUCUUAAAAAGCGUGAAAAGCUACCCUUUAGGAAGCAAGGGGAAGUGGGCCUGGCAGGCAUUCAGAUGGAAUGUGGAAUAUUCACUGAGCAGCCACCCACCUUACCUGAAACUCCUCCUUCCAAUCACGUGUAUGAUAGCAUUGGUGCUCCUUCACACAUGUGCAGUAUCCCUAUUUAUAAAACUGGCCAGGAGGAGUCAGGGCAGAAGCAUCCAUUCUCAGAGACAAAAGAGGGUGGAUCACACUACAGAACACUUGUGGAGAAAGAAAAAGAGUGGACCAUAGCAAUCUCUAAUUCCCCCAUUAACACUAUUGUCGGUGUUGGAACGCCAUGUAGAGAGAUUGCCGGCUUUCAUGAAAAUGGAAUACUCUGCCCAACUGUCAUUGAUAGCCAAGGUCCCACCCCCAAGGUGGGAUUAGUGGACAGUCUUUUUGGCACGACUUCCCAGUUUAGCAACCUGUCGGACAGACAUACACACCCUCCCUCAGAGUACCCACAUGCAAAACAGGAUGCCAGACAAAAGCAAAUGAUCACAACCACUACAGGGACAAGGACAGGAUGUCCUAAUCAAACCCAAAGUGAUUACCCUGAGCUGAGGGCUAGACUCAAAACAAAGAUGGAUUACAUUGAUAUGCUGGAGAGGUCAUAUCAGUUCUAAGACAUGUCAGAUAAAAGACUGCACAUCCAAAAUGAAAAUGGAAAGAUGCUGUUUGAAAGACGGAAGGUACCAGAGACAGAUGGUGUUUUUUUUACCCUCCACAUCAUCCGCAGCCAUGCGCAGUAGUGACUCUGUGAAGUUGAUCUCCACAUUCUUCUUCUCCAGGAUCUUCAUUAUGAGUGAGUCAUGGG